AUGGUUAUAGGAGACGCCAACGCAAUGAUAGUUAAAGAGAAUUGCUACAGGCCAACAAUCGGGAAAGAAAGCAAACACCAAAAAACGAAUCAAAAUGGAGAAAAACUGAUAGAGUUUGCAGAAGAAAAUAAAAUGGUAGUCAAAAGAACCUUCUUUGCGCAGAAAGAGAUCUACAAAGGCACAUGGAUGUCGCCUGACGGAAAAACGGUCAACCAAAUAGACCACAUACUGGUAGAAAGGAGAGAUGCCCAACUAAUAACCAGAUUAAGAAGCUACAGGGGAGCAGAAGCGAAUUCAGACCACUUUCUAGUAAGAGCAGACCUCAAACAAGAAAUACCGAAGAAAAAAGAAGGAAAGAAGACGCAACGUGAUAUAAAUGUAAACAAACUUAAGAAAGCUGAAGUACAACAGGAAUACGAACAAAAGAUGAAUGAGAGAAUAAGAUCAACAGAGCAAGACAUACCUAUAGAAGAGAGGUGGGAAGAACUACACGAGAACAUAUGGAAGACCUCGGAAGAAGUAUUAGGGUUCGUCAAAAAAGACAACAAAAAUAGAAACGAAUGGUUUGACGAGGAAUGUAGAAAAGCAAUAGAAGCGGGGAGGUAA